AUGGACGGACGGCAUUACGCGGAGGGCGCUCGCAUGCCGCGCGACCCCAAGAAGCCCUGCGAGGUCUGCUACUGCAUCCGGAACAGCAGCGCAUGCGUACUCCAGGACUGCGAGCUGCACGUGGACGGAUGCUUCCCGGUGUUCUCGCAGCCCAGCUGCUGCCCUUCCAGAUACAACUGCAGCAAAGAAGCCGCCACAACGGUUCCUCCCGGUUUGAUUCCAACAGAAGCUCCAGAUACAGGAUGCUUGCACGACGGACAGCUCUACGACGACGGCGCCCCGAUCCCGUCGGGCGAGGCGUGCAAACGCUGCUACUGCAUGCGCAACGAAGUGGUCUGCGCCGUCAACGAGUGCAAGGCGCCGUCCGACGGAUGCGUCGCCAUGCCGAUCGAGCCGGGACACUGCUGUCCGCAGCGAUACGAGUGCCCCUCCGACAUGACAACGCUAGCACCCGGAGAGACGACCCUGACGCCGUACGGCACAACGCCAGCGCCGCCGUCUACCGCGACGUUGGAGCCCGUCGAGGGGCGGAAGAAGACGCCGGAACCGGAAACGGCGACCACGGGAACAGUCGUCCCGUACACGACCACCAUGCAGCCCGUCGUAUUCCCCUCAGGAAUACCAGGAGAAGGGCGCUGCCGAUUUGAAGACGCCAUCUACAUGCCAGGAGACGAAAUCGUAUCGCAAGACCCAUGUAACACAAACUGUACUUGCGCCAACAGUUUGGUUAGCUGCGACCAGGUCAUGUGCCACGAACCGGAGCAAGACAUCACAGGAUGUCAGGCAGUACAUCCCGAAGGCGCGUGCUGCCCUCAUUACGAUUGCCAGGUGUCUGAACAGCCGACAUCGACAGGUCCAACAGAGCUGCCUUCUGAAACAACAAAGAUACCUGAGACAGCAGCUACUGGAGAAUCCACUACCGUAACCACGGAGGCUGUGACAACUCCUGUUGAGGAGGCUACAACGCUGAAAACCACACCGGAGGGUACCACGACCUUCCUCACAACCGAGGGCGAACAUGUCACGACAGAACCUACAGGUGUUGAAACAAUCUCAACAGAAAAAACUACAACGGCAACUCCGGAAGUGAGUGAAACAGGAACUUCUGUGAUACCAGAGGUAACCACAGGAACAAAGAAACCAGAAACCGAACGGGAACGCGAAGAAGCACCUUCGACAACGGAAGCGGUGACAGCUUCUGGUGCUCCGAAAGUUACCAUUGAGGAGGUUUUCACGACAAAGGGUUCCACCACAGUAGAAGAAAUGACAACAGUUGCGGAGGGCGUAACGACGGAAAAAUCCGAAGCUCCGAGUUUCUAUGCACAGCAGUACCAUCUGUACCGACAACUAAGGAGCCAACAACAGGAGUUUCUGAAGCAACAACAGGAGUCCCUGAAGCAACAUCAGGAGUUCCUGAAGCAACAACAGGAGUUCCUGAAGCAACAACAGGAGUUCCUGAAGCAACAACAGGAGUUCCUGAGGCAACACCAGGAGCUUCUGAAGCAACAACAGGAGCUUCUGAAGCAACAACAAACCGGCAACUGGUCCUACGGGAGAAAUAACAAGCCCUACUCCAGCGACAGGAAUUUACACGGAACCGACGAGGACAACAGUGGUUACCGAAGCUGGAACUACAGAGAAAGCUGGUACAACUCCACCAGAGGAGGCAGAACAACCACACCGGCUGAAGAGUUCACAACAGCAGAAGGAGCUCCAUUUUCAACUGAAGUUCCAACGCCGGAGGAAGCCACGACUCUCUCCGGAGCCACAUCUCCACCAGAAGGUACUACGACGAAAUUGCCCGCGACGAGCGAAGCUACUGUCAGCACGCCUACGGAAGAAGAGGUGACAUCCGUCUCCGAGCGUACAGAAGGCGAAGUUACCACUGAAAUGGUACCUUCUGUCCCAGCAGAAGUCACGACGCCGAAGCAGCCUUCGACUGAAGAGGUGACAACGCCAUCAGCACCAGGGACAGAAGAAGUUUCAACAUCAGUACCAUCUGUUACAACCAUGAAAGCAGAAGCGACUAGCGAAGUUACUACACCUCAACCACCUGUAACAGGCGAAGUGACCACGCCGGAGCCAUCGGUAACUCCCGAGGGUGCAACACCUGAGCCUUCUGUAACAGGUGAAGUUACCACAAGUGAGCCGGUCUUAACAUCAGAGGGCACGACUCCUGAAUCUGAAGUAUCAGGCGCAGUGACGACGUCUGCGCCAGCCAUAACAAGUGAAGUCACCACGCCUCAAACACCGGUGACCGGAGAUGUCACCACCCGGGAGCCGUCCGUAACAACCGAGGGUACAACAGUCAAGCCACCUGUAACUGACGAAGUUACCACUAUCCAACCAACAAGUCAGAUUACCACGAGCAAACCGCCUGAAACUGAAGGUACCACAGUUGGAACGCCCGUAACAGGCGAAGUGACCACGACUCCGUCGGUAACUGGUGAAGCCACCACCCCUGAAACCUCUGUAACGACCGAGCUAUCCACGCCAGGGCCAUCGGUAAGUGGUGAAGUUAGUACUUCCUCGCCAUCUGUAACUGGGGAAGUUACAGUUAGCACCGGCGCACCUGAAGCAACAUCAGAACACGUGACAUCCUCUACCAUAACGGGCACGCCAGAGAAACCCGAGGUUACCACGGCAUCAAAGGUACCAGAAGAGGAAAGAGAAGAAGGAGCAACCACUCCACAUGUCACGGAAGUGGUUACCGCAGAGAGCACGACGUCAAGGACAACCGAAAGGCCAGAAUUGACUACGACGUCCAAACCAACUUAUUUCACUUCGCCGGAAACCGCUCCCACCGGAGCGAAGGCUUCUGAGACAUCACCUGCCGAGGGUGUAACCACAGAGGCAGUGACGACACCAAUUGGCGAGACGACUGUGAAGCCCGAAGUGACAAGUGCGGUGGUAACAACGGAGGUGUUCUACGAGGCAACUACAAAACCAGCUUUGACGGAAGAGCCGAGCGUCGAGCCGACAAAACCGCAGCUGUCGACGGUGCCUCCACUUGUGGAGGAAACUUCCACUCCAGUUUCUGUAAGUCCCACUGAAGCUGAGGUUACGCCUGAAGAAACUGGAGCUACAACCGGAGCGCCCACAGAAAAACCAGAGAUCACUGUUAUCACCGAAAGCCCAAGAACUAGACCAACAACAAUUGGAUUUGAUUUCUUAGAUCACAAAAAGCUACCAACCACUGUCACGCCGGCAUCUACGAAAGAGACAGAGGCAACAACCGUAGCACCAUCAGAAACAACGGAACACACAGCUGCGACUGAGAGCCCCGGUACUAAACCAACAACAAUUGGAUUUGAUUUCAUCGACCACAGAAAGGGACCCACUGUCACGCCUACAGCCGCACCAGAGGAAAAACCGGAAGUUACAACCCCAGUCAAGUACGAAGUUACCGAAACCAAAGAACCUGAAUCGGCAACUACCUCGCUGCCAGAGUCUACAACGCCCAGCACAGGUGUGCCAACGACGGAAGCAGCAAUUACGACGACUGCUGUCGAAGAGCUUCCUGUCUCAACGAAAAAAGACGACACCGUCGCGCGCGAAGACAAACCGACAACCCCCGAGGAGGAGGAAGAAGAGGAAGAAGCUGGUGAGAAAUCUUCACGUGUUCCCACUCGGUGUCGAUACCAUUUACAAGCCAUCCUUCGUGGCUACAAUCACUUGAGUGUUCUGAACAAUAGUUGGCCAAGCGACCUUUUGUGUCGGAUAAAAACGUAG